UGUAUCCAUAGUAGAUUUAUACUCGAGCAGUAGUAAUGGGAUGUAAUUAGUAGUUACGCAAUUGUUUAUGAGAUAGGACAUUUCUGGCUAAGACAACCAAUAGUGUAAAUAUGUGAAUUGUGAUAUCUGUAUUGGAUUUCUCAUAUAUGGCGAUAACUAAAGGGACAUAAUCAGCAUGGAACGAUCAUUUGUACUCACCAGUUUACAAGUUAUAGUUUAUAUUGGACAUGUGAGCAGUUUUUCACAACAGAGAUUCGAUGGUUAUUUUAAUAACCUGAUAAUACCAAGUCAAGGAAGUGCAGGGAAACCGCUCAAGCAGAACAUAACGACGGAUUACUCCGAUUAUACUUAUAAAGUAUCAGGACGAGAUCGACCAAGUCCAAGGCUUAUAAGCGAACAUAUUUUCAAAAAAUUACAUAAUGAGACAUUUACACCUAACUCAAGAAAUCUGACUGCACUGUUUGCUUUCUUCAGUCAGCUUGUUGCAAUGGAAUUGAUUGACACAGAUGAUACAACAUGUCCAGUAGAAUUACUGUCUAUACCCGUACCAAAAUGUGAUCCGGAAUUUGACAAAGCUUGCACGGGUACACAGCACCUACCGUAUGAGAGAAUUUCCUACGACAAGAGAACAGGUCAAUCACCAAAUGUUCCUCGUAAACAGGUGAACAAAGCAACAAGCUAUAUUGAUGGCAGUUUUGUGUAUGGAAACAACCUUAUCCGUGCCUUGUAUCUACAAGGCAACAGGUCCCCUAAACUUGCAUCUGGAGAUGCUUGGUCAAAAUAUCCACAGAAAAAUGAAGAAGGGAUUGCAUACAUUGCAAACCCGGAUCCUGUAAAUCACGAAUUCCAUGACCAGUUUGAUUACUGGAAGCUCGGUGAUAAACAUGUACAAGAAAAUCCAGCACUACUGUCACUCGGUGUGUUGUUUUUCCGAUGGCAUAACUUCCUAGUUGAGAAACUAGAAUCUAAGGCCCACCAUGGCUUUGAUGAGACAUUUUCGAGAGCUAGACAAUGGGUUAUUGCUUCCCUCCAGAGUGUUAUUAUGUAUGAGUGGCUUCCAGAACUGCUAGGUCAAAGUUUGCCAAGCUAUACGGGUUACAAAUCGGAUAUCUAUCCGGAUGUGACGUCAAUUUUUGAUGCAGCUGCAAUUCGAUAUAUUCUGACACUUAUUCCUGCAGGAAUUUACCAAAGAAAUUCCAGGUGUGAAAAUGCUAUGAAUGGGAAGUAUGAAGGGGUUCGUCUUUGCAAUUCUUACUGGCGGUCACAGGAUAUAUUAAUGGAGAGAGAAGAUGAAGUAGAAGAAACGUUGUUAGGGCUAGUCACACAGAUUGCUGAGGCUGAAGAUAUUAAAGUUGUUGAAGAUAUACAAAGUAAAUACUAUGGACCGCUCCACUUCUCGAGGCAUGAUUUUAUAUCUCAGAUUAUAAUGAGGGGACGAGAUUAUGGUAUUCCUGAUUACAACAGCGUUCGUGUACAGGUCGGUCUAGAAAGGAUUAGCAGAUGGGAGGAUAUUAAUCCUUGGCUGAACAAAACUAAUCCAAAUUUGAUAAAUACGUUACGUUCCCUGUACGGUACCCUUGACAACAUAGACGUAUUCGUUGGGGGAAUGUUCGAAACCACGCCCAGAGGUCCUGGCGAACUUUUUACAACUAUAAUCAUUGAUCAGUUCACAAGAAUUCGGGAUGGUGAUAGAUUCUGGUUUGAAAAUACAGAAAAUAGACAAUUCAGUGAUGAAGAUAUUAGACUUAUAAGAAAUCUAAAACUUAGUGAGAUAAUCGGUAAUGCGACCAGAAUAGAUUCUUCAGAAUUACAGAAAGAUGUUUUUAUUUUUACUGAAGAUGGCGCAGGUAAUUGCAAAAAGGCGGAGUAUUUACCGGAGAAUGUACUUGAACCGUGUACUCCACAUAAAGGAUUUGAUUAUUUUGCCGGAAGUGAAGCUUCAUACAUCAUCAUUUGGAUAUCUUUUGGUCUUAUACCUUUCUUGUGCUUAUUUGUCGUGUAUAUACUGUCAAAAUGUAAACAGUGGAGGUACAACAGAACUGUGAAGAUGAUACAGAAAAACAUAAAGGAGAGCCUAGGAACCCCAUAUGGCUUUCAAUCAUUCUAUGAUGAAAUUGGUCCACAAACCCAAUUCAAAGCUACAGAAUGGCUGUGGGACGAAGAAACGCGAUUAGUCGUUGUCCGUAUCCGUCCUGAAAGUUGUCUUGACAUUAUCAGUCUGAAAGGCAAACCAUUGAGAAGUGUCAAUAUGAAGGAUAUGAAACAUGUACACUGUGCUAUCAGCUCAAAUAAGAAAAGAAACACCGUACUAAUACGGGUUUCUAAGGAAUAUGACGUGGUACUCGAGCUGUCAAACGAAUCACAGCGUCGAGUGUUUCUGGACACGUUACAGAAUAUACUUAGCAAUACUGGGGUCUCUCUUGAUUUCCAAGAGACAAAGCUGAAAAACAUACACAAGAAAGCAUUCACACAGAAAAAACGAAACCAUCUGUUGGAGAAAUUCUUUAAAACCGUGUUUUCAGAGGAGGAGUUUGCGUCUGCCUUGGCAAUGAAACCUAACACGGAGUUUGUUGAGAAUAUGUUUUCACUGAUGGACACUGAUCAUAAUGGUUAUAUCUCGUUUAGAGAGUUUCUAAACGCUGUCGUGAUGCUGUCAAAAGGAUCUGGACAGAACAAAUUACAGACAUUGUUCCGGAUGUUUGAUCAUGACGGUAGCGGAACUCUAGACAGGGAUGAGCUCUUUAAGCUAUUCAGCUCCUUGUUAGAAAUGGCAAACAGUAGUUUGACAAAGAAAGAAACUGAGGAAUUAGUUGACUCAAUGUGCAAACAACAUGGUUUAACUAGCCAAGAUGCCAUCAAUUUUGACGACUUCUGCACCAUUUUAUCACCUCAUAUGGACAAGAUAUGGAACGCUGGACUUGAAUGGAAAGGUUGUAGAAGUUAUAUCCCGGCUUCUGGUGAUGAACGGAAGAGAAGUGUUAGCAGUUUACGGCGUUUGUCCGCCGUCGUCACGAAUAUGUUCAA